AUAAAUUCCAAAAACUUUUAUAAUUGGUAAUAAAAUUUAUUACCUUGCCAAGUCUAAAAAAUCGCUUAUUGGAUAAUAAAAAAAAAUAGAUAUACAAAAUGGACUUAUUUUGGCAGACAAAUAUUGUGACAAAAAGGCAUUCUGACAUUUCUGAAGCGUCAUAUAUCGCCUAUAACUACUACAACGUCACCAGAAGUUAGAAUUAUCUAACUGCAGAAAUGGGUGAAAAUAAAGAUGGCAAUAAAAAUAGGAUUAAUGACACAAAUUCUGAUGAAGACUUGGAGAUUGUAAAUCAAUUCUUCAAGAUUUUGAUUUGGGUCUUACUCAUGUUACUCAUUUUUCUGAAAUGGAUAUUCGUAUCUUCAACUUCUAUAGGAGGUGCUCUGUAUUACUACAGCCUAUGUUCUAUUUCUUCCAACAAAAAUAAUAAUAAAAUGCCAAAAAAUCAACCGAAAUUAUCUGUGGAUUCGAAAGAAACUGAUUAUUCUAAGUCAAAUCAGAAUCCUAGUGUCAACACCGGUGAUAAAUACAAUAAUACACUAUUUCGUCCUAAUAUUCAUAUCGAUCUCGAGGGAAAAAAUAGUCUCCUACUGUUGAAAGAGAAGGUUCUACUGGCUAAAAAUACAAACGGAUCUCGAUCAUACAAAGAGUAUGAGAGUCAUGAUUCUUCGCUUAGCAAGGGUAAAAAUAACGAUGUCACGACAUUGAUAGAUCCUGAUUUGCCCCAAAAGACAUUGAUGAGACUCGUUUACGAUGAAGAUGAUAAUGAUAUAUUGGACAGAAAGAAACCCGAAAUUAGCUGGGGAAAAUCGCUAAGAAAUGAUACAAGGGGUAUAAAAUUACCCAAAUUCUCGGAUCUGAUUACUUCCUCAAAUACUUUAGACACUUCAAUCAUUUUUAACGAUUAUGAAGAGGUCGACAAGAAUUCCCAGCGAAGGGAAGACGAUAUUCCCAUAGUGCCUACCCGUUUAACUGCCCAUGAUAUGAUGAGGAAUUAUUACGAAGAGUUCAAUCCGCUUUCUAAAUCGCGAUCAUUUAUCUCCCCUAAGGGUGUUUUCAGGCCUAUCAAUUCAAAACCGGUCUCAUAUUUUAUUCCUUUUAACGAACUUUCAGUUUUCUCUGGAGUCAGAUCCGAACCAUUAACGUUUAAUACCGAAGAUCAACUUUUAGUAGAUAACAAACCAAAUCAUUCCUUAUUCGAAAAAACAUCGUCACGCGAAAACGAAAUCUACCAGCAUCAAUCAUCUUUACCUUAUGUUCAUUCUACACCUACCGCCACUUUUAUCAGUCAAAAUAUCGCGAAUGACAAUUUGUCACCCGAUUUCUCGCUCCCUGUGUCGAAUAGUGGUUCGGCGGAUAUUUUAACCUUGAAUAGUAGUUGUUUCGAUAAGGUGAACCGACUGCCUACUUUUAUAGCAUCCCCAAUUCAUUCGUGCGAGAGUUCUACCCAGCCCCGGGCAAAAUUAACAUAUCAUACGGAUUACCCUGAAAAAUUUUGCCAUAAUAAGGAGUACAAUGUUUUUCGGCACAGACCGACCUCAACUAAUUAUAGAAAGAAUAAAAAUAAUAUUAGUUUCCGGGAAAAUACGGUUAAAACUUUUUCGACCUUAAACAACCAAGUUAAUCAGGUAAUCGACAUACUACCCACGAAACAAAGGAAGGCGGAAUUUCUGGACAAUUUCGCGCUCGAGGAAAGGAGAGGGAGUCUCGUUAAAAACUUUGAAGAAGUCAAACCGAGUAUUGUCAGUUUAAUACCUCGAUUCACCGAUAUAAACUUCCAAAAAGGAGGAGAAUCUAUCCGUGCCCUCACGUCGAAUAAGAAUCAAAUCCAUACGAAUAGUUUGCAAAUUUCACCGAAUUCGACGUUCAAUUCUACUUCACUGGGAAAGGAUGAUGACAGAAAUAAUAAUUUUAUCGAUCGCAAAUUCGGGUUGGAAAUCACGGAAAUCAAAGAAAACGAGCCUUCCACAAUAUAUAAUGAAAAUCACGACAUUUUAAAUUCUCCUGAUUACUCCCUUUCUCGCGAUAAUAUCAGUACCAAUGCAAAUUCCAAAUCAUCGAAAAGAACUCAACUGAAUAUAGAAAUUAGCCCAUCCAAAAGAACUCAACUGAAUAUCGAAAUUAGCCCACCCAAAAGCUCCAAAUUAUGCGAGAAUAUCAAUAUAAGCACCUCGGAAAGUAUCAAGAAAUAUAAUUUUGACCAAAAGUCUUCUAACGAUAACUUCCCAUAUCCCCAAAAUUCCCAAGACAUUCGCAUCGAUUCGAUUAGCCAAAAACCGCGUGAAUAUGAAAUUGAGGUUCUAUCAGAAGCCCAAUGCCGCCCUCUAUAUACUUCAAAGUCAAAUAGUUAUUUUGAAAAAGAUAACUCACCCAAUUCUGCAAACGGAGACAAUAGCCUACACGAUAAAACUGAUAAAUUUUGCGCUUACGCCCGUGUUCGUGCUAUUGGUCAAAACCCAUUUCUAGCUCUGGCCAGAGCCACCGCUCAUGCCACCACUAUAUCGAGUGCGAAAGCCGCCUUUCAAACUACUACCAUGAAAUUUGGGGAGGAAAAAAAUGAUAUAUUAAAUCACCCACUUCCUAAUGGAAAAGGAUUUUCAGAAGAGCAAGAAAUCUUAUCUUCUAACAUUGUUGGCCAAGAGAAUCACAAAAGCGAGGAUGAAAUGGAUAUCCACUGUAGGACAUUGAAUAAGGAUGCACCAGAGUUCCAUGGUUCAUUAACAAAUGGUGAGUUGCCCGACUCUGAUCAUCAUUCUACAACGCUUUUUUCCAUCAAGGUUUCAACUUCAUGUAUCAUCAAAAAUCUCAAUCAAGCAUCUACUAGGUUAACUAGGGGAGAAAACAAGGUCAAGACCUACGCUUUAGCAAUUGAAAAAUCUUUAGAGGCCUCACGAUAUGACCCUAAUAAGCUCAAAGAGAACACACCAUCACCUGCUUUAUCAAAUUGUGAGCAAAUCUCUUCGCUUCAAAAGUCUCUAGUUGAUGACGAUUACGAUAAUGAUAGCAAGGUAUUAACGGAUUCUCAAAUGAAUUAUAAUAUAUAUGACAAGAUUAUCAAAACGAAGACAGAUAUUGACGAAGAGUCUAUUCUACUCAACGAUUCCCCGUUUGAAAAAGAGAUUCAAAAGAUGAAGGAAGAGGAAAGAUUUUACGCCGUAACCGCGUACGACAUCGAAUUUUUAGAGGAGCAAGACGGACCCAAUCUAGUUUCAUUGAUGAGCACGUUAGUAAGUAAUAAUGAGAAUGGAGAACAUGAUCCCCACCACUCUUUGAAAAAGGAGACACCUCUUUUUCUUCCGCCAGAUAUUAUCCCACACAAACAUCUUAAACCAAUAUUAAUCAAUCACAAAAAUAAUGUUCUUAAAACUCCGGUUAAAAACGAUUUUUUUAACGAUGCGGUACCUAAAGAUAUGAUAAAUGAAACAACUUUUAACUUGAACUCUAAAUCAGGAAUUAUAAAUGUCUUACCUCGCAUUAAGAAGAUAACCCUCUCUAACGAUGUUAUAGAGCACCAGGUUCCUUACGAAGACAGGGCCGGUCAUUGGCUUCCAGGUCCUGAGGAGGAUUCAGAUGAAGAUGACGUUAUUUGUCGCAGCAAAGUUGUCAGGACCACUAUCGAUCACAGGGGUAAGCUGCCAACCAAAACUCAGAUCAAACUGAUAUCUCCAUCGAUUAAUAGUAAAGAGGAUUCUCAUCACUAUGACAAGGGAAUUCCUGAUAGGAUUAAUAAAGUGGGAUUAUCAGUUAGGCCCGAAAAUGAUAAAAUCUUAUCUAAUCCUACUUAUGAACAAUCAAAGAGCAAAGAAAGUGAUACUAUGGUUAAUGUCGACGCGAACUACAUAAACGUUGACGUGAAGAGCUCCAUCACAAUAUCUGCGAAUACUAUCAAAUCAGCGGAUGAGGAUAUUUGUAUAAAACCCGAAACAAUUGAAACUGGUGAUAAAGAAAAAAUUAAUACCUUGAAAGGUGAUAAAGACACAAUUAAAGAUUCGAACGGUGAUAAAGAUAAAAUUAAAAAUUUGAAUAUAUUGGUAGACAGCUUUAACGUAGCUUCUUCGAAUGACAGAAAAAGAUUUGUAAGCUCAAAAUUUGCCAGCUUUAUAUCUAGAAGUGGCCCUUAUUACAAAGAUACUACCAAAAACAACAGCUUAACCAAAAUAUGGGAUAAGAUACCUAGUAAAAUGAAUAGAUCCUUAGUUCCAGAUAAAAAUAUCGUACCUACAAGAAAUCUUGCAUGCAAACAAGAUCUCAAUCACAAAACUACCGAUCAUUGUAAAACAAUAAACAAUGCUAGUUGUAAGGUUAGCAAAGGUGACAAUAUAGAGAAAAUAAGUAGUGAUAUCUCGGAUCACAGUGAUAAUAUUAAUUUUAAUAAAUCGUCGACAUGUAUCUUCAAGCCACCACCUUUACCAAAUUUCAUUAUAAAUAAGAGUGAAGUUUUGAAAGAACUCACACUCCUCACUAAUGAUAAUCAUAUUAAUACUAUUACAUCUAGUGACAAGCCAAAAAUGACUAAAAACGCUUUCAAGAAAUUCAAUGGUGUCAAAAUUCAACAAACGGAGGAAAAGGAAGCUGCGUUAUCCUUUGAUCAUUCCAUCAGUAGUAAAGCUGCUCUCACAGAUAUCAAAAGUUCUAUGGACAAUGUUUCGCCUUCAAAAGCAUUGAUUAACAGGUUAAGACAUAAAUAUAUCAACCAUCAAUCGUUGGCGCAGGAAUUUAAGGAUAAUGCAACCAACGCAGUAGAUAAAAAGUUUGAAUUUGCUUUGAAUAAAUUUAAAAAAUCUUCGAACCUUCAAACCGGAAGGGGAAAGACCCUUUUAAAUGCCAGUGACCCGUCAAAACUACAGCAACAUCCUGUGUUGACGAAAUUGAUAUCGAAAUCUAUGUGCGAUAUUAGCAGAAACCUUUUGAACGAAGAAUCACUACCAGGCAAAUUAAUUGUACCUUACAAUCCCAAAAUGUCUAAAGCUAACGAAUUAUUCGAUAGCAUGAUGAAGGAUUCUAUAAAAAGGUUGCUACCUUCAAAGAAUCAUAUGGAUAAAUACUUAAUCAAUUGCCAAGAAAACAUGUCUAAACAACGAUCUAUCAGCGCCGGAAACGUGCUGCUAUUGAAUUACAACAGCGAAAAGGAUAAAAUUGACCAAGAAAUCAAAAAUAAUUUUACGAAAUACAAUUUCAAGAGAUCCAACCUGGAUAUCAGUUCAUACCAUAGGGCUAAGAACGAUCUAGGCUCUCAGGUUUUGGUGGCCGAGACUAAUAUUGACGAAAUUUUCUGUAACAUGAAUCACGAAACCCACGAUUUUAAAUAUAAAAGCUUGAUGAGUCUAGACACUACCGACGAAUUGAACUAUUCGCGUAAAAACGUAAGAUUGGAGAGUAACCCUCUCACUGAUAGCAACUUUUCCGAUGGGAUAAGAGAUAUGGUAGAAAGAACAACCAGUAAUCUCAACAUACCACGAUGGCUCUCGACUCUUUCUCUCAAAUCAAAUUCUACAACGAAUGACAGUUUCCAAACUUCAGAUAUUAAAAGCCCUUUUAAACGUAUGAAUCUCGAAGGGUACAAGAGUGGUGAUUACAGAAAAUUUGAAGAAUCCUCAACAGAAAAUGUCAAUCAUCACGAUACUUUGUCAAACUAUUCCAGUCUAGAUGUGUCGAAAAAUUCUUCCUUCUUCAAUAUAGAAGCAUAUCAUAAUACUUCUUUCGAUAAAACGGAUAAGGUUAAAGGAGAUUACAAGUAUUUCGAUAGGUGCUGUUUAGCGCGACAAACGGUGCCCAAAUAUUUUACGCCGAGCACCCUAAAUGAAUCUUUAAACAAACAUUAUAAUGACGAUAAUAAAAAUUUGAUUCCAAUGUAUGAGCAAUCAAUCGAAGUAAAUACCAAUAAAAACCACUUAUCUGAAGAUUGCAAUAUGAUGGUUACAAAAUUAAAAGAUAGUAACCAAUAUAACAAUCAUAUCGAAAUAUGCCGAAACGAUGUCUCUGUGAAUGCCAUUCAAACAAUUUUAGAUUCAAAAUCACUGCCAACUAUAUCACAGUCUGAUUGUGAUUACCAAAAUCUAGAGGAUUCUUUUGUACUCAUUUUAUCUCACGAUGUUUCAGACUCUAGCAACGCUUCCUCCUCUGAGAGAAUCAAAAACGAUAUUUCGGUAAAUAAUAUUUCUUUGCAAGACGACGAUUUACUGCACCAUCAUAUGGUUGAUAGAAAGGUUUCCUCUGAUACAAAAAAAAAAAUUUGGAAUUCAAAUAGGCACCAAAAGAUCAAAACUGAAACACUUGUCCAAUUAAAUUCUAGGGAUAAAUCUCAAAUUUAUAGUGGUGACCAUAAAUCUAAAGAAGAUUUUACCAGAUUCCAAGAGGAUAAUAGUCAAUCUAGUGUGGUCAGUCAAAACAAUUCCCUACUCAACGGUUCUUUAAAGAAUAACAUUAACCCUCUAGCUGCCCAUUCUAUGACAUCCCCGCAAAAAAUUAGUGCUUACAAAUCUAUAUGGAGCAAGGCGAAAUUAUUGAAGCAUCGAAGCAAAAACGAUGACAAAAUGGCAAAAGAAAACGUACUGAAUGGGCAACUCCGGCCAAUAAAAUUAACGUUAGGAGAAAAGGACCAGAUAUCUUAUUAUGAUACUAAAAACCUUUAUCCCGACAUUAUGUAUAUCCGUGAGGAAUACACCCCGUCCAAUUCCCCUAUAUUACCCGAAGAAUAUCAAUCUUUCCCGGUCGUAGUAUAUCCUAAUCAUAUCAGUAACCAUAGUAACUUUGAUGAUAAUAAUCAUAUAAAGUUUUUUCAAAAUGAUAAACCAAAUAUACAACCCAACGGUAAUGUCCUCUAUCAUAAUUUAAUAUGCAAUGGUAAAAAUAGCCAUUUAUCAACGGAAUCAUCUGGCUGUGAACUAGAUUAUAGCGCGGAUUCUCAAAUAGAUACCUUGGAAAAUGGAAUCAUGAAUCCAGAUAUUUUCGUUGAAAAAAUAAUCCCCGCUAAUCAUAAUUUUUCCGAAAUUGAGUAUUAUAAUGUCUUAAGUGACGAUAACCUUUACAAUGAUACUCUAAGUCAUCGAAAAGAUUUUGUUAAGGACCCUAUUGAAUACUAUGAUCUUACGAACUCACGCCAUGAAACAGCUGUUUGAAUAUUGGCUGGAAACAUUAGUUUAUAAAUAUAAUAUCCAUUAUAAAUAUUUUUGGAUUUACAUACCUUUUUCUUACUAUUUAAUAUAUCGAACCCCUAUUUUUUAUGAAUAGAUAAUUAUCAAAUAUUUAUGAUUACGCAAUACAUAAGAUUUUAUAUAAUUAAA